AUGUCGAGAGGAGACAACCUGACGCCCUCCAUGGGACCGUUUUCGCCCGCCCACCAGCCCGACGAAGGCUACUCGGAGGAUCCUCUUGGCCCGGGGCUGACAGACCAGCUCUCCUCGCUGGCGACGCUCAAGUCGCCCACGGAGCUGCCGCAGUGGCUGGCCGCAAAUGCCUCGCAGCUGCCUGUAUCUGUUAAAUCGAAACUGGCCAUGGCUCUCUUGGACCAGCUCCCAACCUCCGCCAUCGUCGAGAUCGUCGAGCGUUUAAGCCCCAGACUGUACAUAGACUUUAUCCGACAUCUCCCCGCCGAAAUCUGCCUCAAGAUUCUGGGCUAUCUCGACCCCGUCUCUCUCGUCAGCGUGUUGCAGACGUGCCGCGCCUGGUACGACCUGGCCGUGGACCGCAAGCUAUGGGAGCGGCUAUACUACCUCGAAGGCUGGAAGGCCGUGCAGGCCGAGAUCGAUGCGUGGGAGAUACGAGUCAACACCGGCGUGAGCAAUUCCAUCGGCCAUCUGCACCGAAUGCAGACCUCAGACGACCACCCAACCAAGAUUCGAGCCAUUCUUAACCAUGAUGAGGACGGGGACCAGGAUUUGGAGAUGCCAGACCGGGACAGGCUGCCCAGCAUCCAGGAGAGCAGCGCCGGGGCCAGCAUCUUUGGAUCUUCCAGCGCGUUGCAGACUUCCAAGCAAACUCUCCCCUCCCUGGGGGACAUGCACUUGGACAGCUUCUCCUCCACCAAAGGCAAGGCCGUGGAUCGGGGCUAUGGAUCAUCUUCGUCAUCGUCGGAAAGCAGGGCUAAGCGCAAAGAGCCCGGCGGUACCCCCGAGAUCUCGCUGCCUCCAAUGGCGGCUGGCGACACCACCGCAAGCAUGAUCAAAUCGACUCUGUGGACGUGGGAUAUCAACAGCUCCCGGUAUCGCAUCAACUGGAAGUACCUCUAUAACAUGAGGCGACGGCUGGAGUCGAACUGGGAGCUGGGCAAAUUCAAGACUUUUGUGCUGCCUCACCCCGACUACCCCGAAGAAGGCCACCAAGAGUGCGUCUACACCCUGCAGUUUGAUGCAAAUUAUCUCGUUAGCGGUAGUCGAGAUCGCACAAUGAGAAUCUGGAACAUUCACACACGCCGCCUGAUUCGCCCACCGCUCACAGGCCACAGCGGCUCGGUCCUAUGCCUUCAGUUUGACGCAGACCCGGCUGAAGACAUCUUGGUCUCCGGUAGCAGCGACUCCAACAUCUUUAUCUGGAGAUUUUCCACAGGAGAACUUGUGCAAAAGAUCACCAACGCACACCGCGAAUCUGUUCUGAACGUCAGAUUCGACAAAAACGUUCUCGUCACGUCUUCCAAAGACAAAACCAUCAAGAUUUUCAACCGCCGGCCCCUAAAAUACGGCGACUUGGGCUAUGGCCCUGUUGAUGCAGCCUUUAACCCGGUGGGUAUCAACGUCAAGCCCUAUGGCUACGAGCCCGAUCUAUCCCAGGAGCUUCCCAUCAAACCCCCCUACACGGUGAUUGGCAAGCUGGAGGGACACGGUGCCGCUGUCAAUGCCAUUCAGAUCCGGGGCCGCACAAUUGUUUCUGUUUCUGGCGAUCGUCACAUCAAGGUCUGGAACUGGCCAGAACAAGUUUGCACACAAACCAUUCCCGCCCAUGAAAAGGGCAUCGCCUGCGUGGAGUUUGACGAACGACGGAUUGUAAGCGGUAGUAGUGACUACGAAGUUUGCAUUUUCGACGCACCAACAGGCCUGAAGGUGGCUUCCCUUCGAGGACACGCUCAUCUGGUGCGAACCGUCCAAGCCGGCUUUGGUGACUUGCCGUACAGCAAGCAGGAGGAUGAGGCCGAGGCUAAGAGAGUAGAUGCCGAAUACUUUAGAGCUGUAGAAGCAGGAGAGAUUGACCACGAGGGUGACCGAAGAAUUCGUCGCACUAGAAGGGUGAAUGCGGGAAGCUCUCGGCCGGCCGAUCUCCAGGCUACUGGCGCCAAAGUUCCGCCUGGCGGAGGCGGCGGACGCAAAUACGGGCGAAUCGUUUCGGGCUCGUAUGACCAGAGCAUCAUCAUCUGGCGGCGUGAUAAGGAGGGCGUAUGGAAGCCCGCGCACCAUCUCCGCCAGGAAGAAGCGGCAGAGGCGGCGCAUAGACAAGUCGCCUUGAACAACGUUCAGCGACAGAGCACUCAAUUUGCCUCGGCGGCGAUUGCCGUGUCGGCAGUGAGUCCUGCUGCUUCGCAAGGCAUGCAGUCUUCGCCAAUACUAGAUCCAAACAGCGAGAACAGCCAGUCAGCACGACUUUAUAUGGCCAUGAUCGACCAGACCGUCCCCUUUGGCGUGGCAGCCUUGAGGCAGGCACUGGCAAGCCACCCAUCCAUGCUAAUCUAUCAUGGCUACCUACAGGCCGCAAUCGAGCGAGAGCCUUCGCCCUUUGUGCGGUCACACCUUAGACAGGCGGUGGCGGAUGGUUUAAUCGCAAUACAAAACAACCAGUUGGCCAGACAGCGUCUCAUUUCUCGCGGCAACUCCCACAUACCAGGCCCUAUCGCUGCCACAGAUGCUAGAACCCCCAACUUGGCUCCUGGAUAUGCUGGCGGCUCGAUGGCGGGCCCAUCUACCACUGCGCCCGUAGCAGGUGAUGGAAAUGGUGGCGGUAGUAACAACAGUAACAACAACACCGGUGGCGGUAAUAUUGAAUAUAGACAGCUGGCGUAUUCACCAGCAAUGGUGUCACAGGCUCCAGCCCCAACGCCCCUCCACGCACCGGUGCCCCAACCAUCUCAACUUUCCGUAAUUCCCGGCCAGGGACCUCCGCCCCAGCUCCCUCCAAUGGUCCAGCCUGAGCUUCUUGGGCAGGUCCAUGGACAGCAAGGCCCGGUCGAGGUUGAAAAUAACGCACAAGCUCCUGAGCAACGCCCACGUAUUGCAGCGGCGGAGAAUCCUCCGGCGCGCGUCUUCAAGCUUCAGUUUGAUGCCCGCAAGAUCAUAUGCUGUAGCCAAGCCCCAGUCAUUGUGGGAUGGGACUUUUGCAAUGGGGAUCCUGAGUUGGAGGAGGUGGCUCGCUUCUUUGCAGCGAUUGAUUGA